CACACACACACACACACAGACGCAUUUGACUCGGUUAACACAUUGAAAACUGAAGGCAUUUGGAUCUGAUUUUGUCGGUCCACCAGCUGCAAUGCAGCAACUCAAACUCUUGUUACUGUUGUUGGUUGAUGCUUUCUUGUGAAAUUGUUAGCAUGUGCUAUGGAAAGUCAAAAACAUUAUAUAAGCUUGGUUAUUUUGGUUUGGCAUCUUUCGAAUGUUCUUUAUCUUGUUUUUCUCUGUUAGGCUAAACUGCUCAUGUCACAAAUAGUAGCUACUAUCAACGAGUUUAGGUCCCGCCAUCUUUUUGAGCUUUCCACAAUUCGGUUAGUCUUGUUAGUAUAGGCCCAAAGAUAUACAUACAUAUAUAUAUAUAUAUUUUGACUGAGUUACCACAAUCAAAUAUUGCAUGCAGCUCUCUGAAGCAAGUGGAAGCUGUCUCGAUUAUGGAUACUCUCGGAUCAUGAGUAAACCCAAAUCUCAACCCUCUGAUUCUUCAGAUGAUAAUCAAAUCACUGAAGGAACACUGGUUGUUGAGGCUGCUAAGAUUGCAGCAAUUAGCAUUGUGGAUAUGCAGAAUGUGGUUGAGGAGGACUCAGAAUCUUCGAAGGAGGAUGAUAUGGAAGGAUCUGCAGUUCAAGGAGAAGUGAAGAUGAGAAUGAUAAACAGCAUAAGGUUGCUUUGGAUAAAUUGGAGAAGGUUGGGGAGUACCAAGGUGCAUACAAGAUUUCCAAAGGGCUCUUGGAGAAGUAUGGAGCCGACAGGGUUGUUGAUAAUCCAAUCACAAAGGCUGGAUUUGUAGGCAUUGGAGUAGGUGUUGCUUAUUAUGGUCUUAGGCCCAUUGUGGAGUUUAUGAUGUUUAAUUUUUCAAUGUAGGUUAGAGUUGUUUUAUAUUUUUGUCAUCCCCAAUACCUUACGAAGAGAAAAUUUCUGAUAUUCUAUUUAUAUUUGUUUUACUUGGUUGCGAUGGUCAAACUUACUUUGGAGCUUUAACUAAUAGCUAAUUAAUUUCAAAUCUUGUAUCUCAGCUCUUGUUGCAUAUGAGUUUCUCUUUAUAUUUUGUUGGGCACCUUUCUUUCGCAGUUAAUGUCUCCAAGGGAUCUCAAUCUUCAUUUUGUUGUAGGCAAUUGACCACAUCAUUAAUUCUGCUGCAAAAUCAAAUUACAUUUUUGGUGGCUAGAUAAAUGUACCCAUUGUUUUUUGGGGACCAAAUGGUGCUGCUGCUGGUGUAGGUGCCCAACACUCCCAGGUAUGGUUCCUCAAGCUUCUUUACUCGCUUGGUUGUUUUCUAAACAAAUGACACGUUAUUAAGCAUCAUUGCCUUUAGCCUUAAGGUAAUAUGAGAGAUAUAUAGUAACUACAUCUCUAAAGCACUAUGUAUAGAUAAUAAUUGAAGAGUAUUAAAUUAGUGUCCAAUUUGGACGGUUGCAAAUAGUUAUAUCAAUAAGUUUCAACCUGCCAGUUGUCAAUAGGGAGAAUGUUAGAUUUCUUUUUUUCCUUCUUCAUUUUCACUAGGUAUUUAUUAGGUUUAAGGUUUGAGUACCUCCAAGUCUAAUAUUUGAUUUACACAGUAUCGUUUCUUGUUGUGAACAUAUUGAGUUUCUUCAUUACUAAUCUCAAAUAUGCUUUCAAUGAUAAAGUUCUAAAUCAGCGACAAACAUAACCAUUGAUGACAUAUAUGGAAUGU